CUGCGGUCCAAGUGACGCGCACGGGCGAACCAUCAGUGAAGCACUAACAGCGUGAAAUUCUCCACCCAUUUACUCGUUAGCGCACAACAGCACGCCGGCCCCGCGCCCCUCGAUCCCGGGAACCUCAGCAGAACCCAAGAGAAUCGUCGGCCAAGAAAAUGCUCCUCCUCAUCCUCUUCGCCCUUCUCGCCGGCGCCGCCGCCUUCCUCCUCUUCAUGUUCGCUACCGUCGUCGAUGGGGACUUGACGCUCGUGUUGCGCGGCCCGCCGCGGCGGGAGAGGGUGGACGGCAAGGUCGUGUGGAUUACUGGAGCGAGCCGUGGGAUUGGGGAGGUUCUUGCAAUGCAAUUUGCAAACUUAGGAGCAAAGCUGAUACUAUCUGCUCGUAAUAAGGACGAGCUUGAGAGAGUAAAACAGAACAUUCUCAGCAAGAAUCCAGAUAGCAGAGUGGAAGUGUUACCCAUGGAUUUAUCAGCUGGUGAAGAAUCUCUAAAAGAAAUCGUACAUGCGGCAGAAUCACUCUUUUGUAAUGCAGGGGUUGACUAUAUGAUCCAUAAUGCUGCCUUUGAACGUCCUAAACGGGGAGCACUGGAAGAAAGUGAGGAAGGUCUCAAGGCUACUAUUAAUGUCAAUGUCAUUGGAACUAUUACUCUAACACGCCUUCUUGCACCUUACAUGCUGGAUAGAGGGAUAGGUCAUUUUGUUGUGAUGAGCAGUGCUGCUGGAAAGGUUCCUGCUCCUGGUCAGGCCAUUUAUUCUGCAUCCAAACACGCUCUCAAUGGAUACUUUGCUUCUCUGCGUUCUGAGUUGUGUACAAAAGGCAUUAAGGUCACUGUUGUCUGCCCUGGACCAAUUGAAACACCACAAUCUUCUGCUGCAGCAUCUUCAGUACAAAGGCAUUCUUCUGAGAAACGUGUUUCAGUGGAAAGAUGUGUUGAACUGACGAUCAUUGCGGCAACUCAUGGGCUUAAAGAAGCAUGGAUAUCAUAUCAGCCUGUGCUGACUGUUAUGUACUUGGUGCAAUACAUGCCAACAAUUGGUUACUGGCUUAUGGAUAAGGACCAAAGAAAAAUCCCUCCAUAUCAUUGCUACUAUUGUAUUUGUCCAGAUUGGCGCAAAACGGCUGGAUGCAGCUGCAAAGAAAGGCAACACCUACAGCUGGAAUCUGAUUUUCGGAGGCAAGAAGUCAGCAUGACCAAGUUGCUCGUCCCUACUGCCACCAGGGAUCUUUCUGGACUCGGAGCUCCAGAAGUCACUUGUAUGAUAGCUUAUAGCUUUAUGGUUUACUGAACAAAUGGACUCAGGUGUUAUGGGACACUGAAAAUAAAUAGAGCAUAUAAUCCCUCCGUUUUUAUUUACAUGUCAGAUUAGGGUUGACUUUGUCCUAAGUCAAACUUGACUAAUUUUGACUAAGUCUAUAGAAAAAUAUACUAUAUUAUCUAACUUAUGCACUAUCAACCUAUACUUUAUGGUGGAUCCAAUGAAAUAAAUUUGGUAUUGUAAAUUUUAUUAUUUUUCUAUAAGUUUGGUCAAAGUUUGUAAAGUUUAACUUAGGACAAAUCUAAUAUGACAUGUAAAUAAAAAUGAAGGGAGUAUAACCUCUCAUUAGGAUGA